CCUGUGACUCUAGAGUAGGCCAGCAGCUACAGCUCCGAUUAGAUCCCUAGCCUGGGAACCUCCUUAUGCCGCAGGUGCGGCCGUAGAAAAGGCAAAAAGAUAAAAAAAAAAAAAAGAUUGACUGGGUCCAUUUUAUUUAUACAAGUAUACCUUGUUUAUUGCUCUUAGCUUUAUUGUGAUUUGCAGACAUUGCAUUUUCUACACAUUGAAGAUUUGUGGCUACCUGCUUUGAACAAGUCAGUGCUAUUUCUCCAGCAGCGUUUGUGCACUUCAUGUUUGUCACUUUUUGUUAAUUCUCAAAAUAUUUCAGACUUUUUCAUUAUUAUAUUUGUUAUAGUAAUCCAUGAUCAGUAAUCUUUGAUAUUACAAUUGUAAUUGUUUUGGGAGCACCACAAAUCAUGCCCACAUAAGAUGGCAUGUUUGUGUGAGUGUAUUCUGACUGCUCCAUCUAUGAUCAGCCAUUCUCAGCCUCUCUCCCUUUCCUCUGGCUUCCCUAUUCAGUGAGACACAACAAUAUUGAAAUUAGACCAGUUAACACCUCUACAAUGGCCCUAAGUAUUCAAGUGAAAGGAAGAGUUACAUGUCUCUCACUUUAAAUCAAAAGCUAGAAAUAAUUAAGUUUAAUGAUGAGUGUAUGUUGAAAGCUGAUAUAGGCCAUAAGCUAGGCCUCUUGUGCCAGUUAGCCAGGUCAUAAAUGCAAAGGAAAAGUUCUGGAAGGAAACUAAGAGUGCUACUGAAGUGAACUCACAAAUCUUAAGGAAGUGAAACAGUGUUAUUGCUGACAUGGAGAAAGUUUUAGUGGUCUGGAUAGAAGAUCAAACCAACCACAACAUUCCCUUAAGCCAGAGCCCAAUCUAGAGCAUGGCUUUAACUUUCUUCAGUUCUUUAAAGGCUGAGAAGGGUGAGGAAGCUGCAGAAGAAAAGUUUGAAGCUAGCGAAAAUUGGUUCAUGAGGUUUAAGAAAAAAAGCUGUCUCCAUAACAUAAAAGUGCAAGGUGAAGCAAGUGCUGAUGUAAAAGCUGCAGCAAGUUAUCCAGAUCUGACUAAGAUAACCAGUGAAGCUGGCUUCACUAAACAGCAGCUUUCCAGUACAGAUGAAAGAGCCUUACAUUGGAAGAAGAUGCCAUUGAGGACGUUUAUAGCCAGAGAGGAGAAGUCAGUGCAUGGUUUCAAAGCUUCAGAGGACAGGCUGACCCUCUUGUUAGGGGCUAAUGCAGCUCAUGACUUGAAAUUGAAGCCAGUGCUUAUUACCAUUCUGAAAGUCUUAGGGCCCUUAAGAAUCAUGCUUAAUCUACUCUGCCUGUGCUCUAUAAAUGCACCAACAAAGCCUAGAUGACAGCACAUCUGUUGACAGCAUGGUUUACUGAAUAUUUUAAGACUGCUGUUGAGUCCUACUGCAUAGGGGGAACAGAAGAUUCCUUUCAAAAUAUUACUGCUUGUUAACAGUGUAGCUGGUCACCCAAGAAGUCUGGAGAUGUAUGACAAGAUUGAUGUUGAUUUUAUGCCUGUUAAUAUUUCAUCAUCCAUACUCAGCCUUCAGAUCAAGAAGUAAUUUCCACUUUCAGGUCUUAAUUUUGAAGAAAUACAUUUCACAAGGCUGUACCUGCCAUAGUAGUGAUUCCCCUGCUGUAUCUGGGCAAAGUAAAUGCAAACCAUCUGGAAAGGAUUCACUAUUCUAGAUGCCAUUAAGAACAUUCAUGAUUCAGACUUCCCUUGUGGCACAGUGGGUUAAGGAUCCAUCAUUGUCACUGUUCUGGCCCUUGUUGCUACUGUGGCUUGGUUUGAUCCCUGGC